GGGCCACUGGGGCGGCGUGGCCGGGUGCACGUGGCUGUCAGCAGGGUGGUCUCGACACUGCCGGAGCUGAGAGAGUCGGGAGCGAGGGAAGGAGGCAUGGGAAACUCUGGGGGGAAGAGGGGAGAGGAUCAGGAAGGAGGGGAGGAAGAAGAGCUGCCCUAUGAGGUGGAGGAACAGCUGGCCAGCGGGGACGACAGCCUGGACCUCUGCUUCCGGAAGCUGCAGCGGCUCCCCAGGCGCGUGUGUGGCUGCCGCCACCUGGAGAAGCUCUACGCCAGCAACAACCGGCUGCGGGGGCUGCCGGAGAGCUUCUCCGAUCUGGACCGCCUCCGGGUCCUCGCCCUGGACUUCAACAAGAUGUUUGACGUGCCACCUCCGGUGUGCCGGCUGGAGAACAUCACCCGGCUCUACCUGGGCAGCAACCGGCUCACCACGCUGCCCCCGGAGUUCAGCAACCUGCUCAACCUGCGCUGCCUCUGGAUGGAGAACAACUUCUUCCGCCACUUCCCCCGGCAGCUGCUCGACCUGCCCGUCCUCAAGUCCCUGCAGCUGGGAGACAACCGGCUGAGGACCCUCCCGGGGUGCCUGGCCCGCAUGGCCUCCCUGCGGGGGCUGUGGCUCUACGGGAACCGCUUCGAGGAGCUGCCUCGGGUGCUGCUGCGCAUGGAGCUGCUGGAGAUCCUGGACGUGGACCGGAAUAAGAUCUCGCGCUUCCCCAACCUCACACGCCUCGCCGGGCUCAAGCUCUUCUCCUACGACCACAACCCUGGCAAGGUCGUGCCGAAGGCGCGGGACUCGGUGAUGCUGGUUGGGGAGGGGGCCGCCGAGCUGAGACAGGCGCGGGCCGAUAAGGCAGAGGCCGUCGCUGUGGCCAAGGCAGAGAAAGAGGCCAAGGAGGCAGAGGCACUGGAGGCAGCAGCCAGGGGGGCCAGGGGGUACAGGGGGAGAGGGACAGCCAUCCACAGCAUCCUGAAGAACGGGGGCUUGCCCACAGGGCAGCUGGAGGGAUCCGAGGGGGGCGGGGAGGAGGAGGAGGAGGAGGAGGAGGGAGAGUUCGAGGAGGAGUUUGAUUUUGAGGAAGAGGAGGAAGAGGAGACUUGAGGGUCAGAAAUCUUCCUUCAUUCUUUCCUGCUCACACUCCCUCCCUCUGUUUCUCUCUUCUCCUGGCAUGCUCUCUCGCUCUCUCGUUCAGUAAAACUCCCCUUCCCCAUUCACUCUCAAUCUGUCCAUCUCUCUCUCUCUCUCUCUCUCUCUCUCUCUCUCUCUCUCUCUCUCUCUGGUCAAAUUUACUGCCAAGUCCUGAAUUCAGUAAAUUAAAAAAAAAAAAAAAUCUAAUUUUUUGUUUUUGUUUUUAAUGCAGAUGGCUAAUUAUUCUCAGACGCCCUGAAACUCCAUCGCAUUUUCCAUGUCAUUUAGAAACACUGGGGGGGGGGG